AGCCGGGAAGGAAGAAGGGCGGAAGGGACUCAGGGCCGGGCUGCUUGUGUUCGGGGAGCCUUGGCGGGGCCGGCUGGGGUUCCGAUGUGGUCCCCGGAGCGGGAGGCCGCGGCCCCGGCCGGGGGAGAGCCGGCGGGCUUCCUGCCCCCCGAGUGGGAAGAAGAUGAGGAGCGCAUGUCCUUCCUGUUCUCCGCCUUCAAGAGGAGCCGCGAGGUGAACAGCACCGACUGGGACAGCAAGAUGGGCUUCUGGGCGCCCUUGGUGCUGAGCCACAGCCGCCGCCAGGGGGUGGUGCGCCUGCGCCUGCGGGACUUGCAGGAGGCCUUUCAGCGCAAGGGCAGCGUCCCGCUGGGGCUGGCCACGGUGCUGCAGGACCUGCUACGCCGAGGGGAACUGCAGCGGGAGUCAGACUUUAUGGCCAGUGUAGACAGCAGCUGGAUCUCCUGGGGGGUCGGUGUCUUCCUACUGAAGCCCCUCAAAUGGACUCUUUCCAACAUGCUGGGGGAUAAUAAGGUCCCUGCGGAGGAGGUGCUUGUGGCUGUGGAGCUGCUAAAGGAGAAGGCGGAGGAGGUGUAUCGUCUGUAUCAGAACUCCCCUCUCUCGUCCCACCCUGUGGUGGCCCUGUCGGAGCUGAGCAGCCUGUGCGCAGGCGCCUGCCCAGAUGAGAGGACCUUUUACUUGGUAUUGCUGCAGCUGCAGAAGGAGAAGAGAGUCACAGUCCUCGAGCAGAAUGGGGAGAAGAUUGUGAAGUUUGCCCGGGGGCCACAUGCCAAGGUAUCGCCUGUCAAUGACGUAGAUGUUGGGGUGUACCAGCUGAUGCAGAGUGAACAGCUGCUUUCGCGCAAAGUGGAAUCCUUGUCCCAGGAAGCAGAAAGGUGUAAAGAAGAAGCCCGCCGGGCAUGCCGAGCUGGAAAGAAGCAGCUGGCACUGAGGUCUCUCAAGGCCAAGCAGCGAACAGAGAAGCGCAUUGAGGCCCUGCACGCAAAGCUGGACACUGUUCAAGGCAUCUUGGACCGGAUCUAUGCCUCGCAGACAGAUCAGAUGGUUUUCAAUGCCUAUCAGGCUGGGGUAGGCGCACUAAAACUUUCCAUGAAGGAUGUCACAGUGGAAAAGGCAGAGAGCCUUGUGGAUCAGAUCCAAGAGCUCUGUGACACUCAGGAUGAAGUCUCUCAGACUCUGGCUGGUGGGGUUACCAAUGGCUUGGAUUUUGACAGCGAGGAACUGGAGAAGGAAUUGGACAUCCUCCUCCAAGAUACCACCAAAGAACCUCUGGAUCUGUCUGAUAGCCCCCACGAGACUUUUCCUACCAACAGUGUGCCUAACCCUAGGAUCUCGGAUGCUGAACUUGAAGCUGAACUUGAGAAAUUAUCUUUAUCAGAGGGAGGUUUAGUCACAAGCAGUCAAUCUCCAAAAAGGCACUUGGAACCAACUCUCUAAAGCCAUUGUAGGACCCUCAAGUGAAGGAUCGUCAUGUGAAAGAGAGACAAGGCUUGUGUUUGUGUACAUAGUUAUUUAAAUGAGAAACUCACAGUUGGUUGGGAUGAGGAGGGAGAACCACUCAGAUAAUUUCUCCAAAUACUACCACUUCUCACAGGACAUGCAACUCCUGCAAUCCCGUUGCAGAGGCUCGCUCCCAACUGGUCUCGUGGACCUACCUUCUCAUCUUUAUAGUGCCACAAUUUAUACAGUUCUUCUGUGUGUGACCUGUUGUCUCUCAUAACCUGCAGUUCUUGCCAUUGGCUCCAUUAGGUUUGUCUUCACCCACCAGCUUUGUUCCAGCCAAUGAAGGCAAAAGAUUUGCAGGUUUGCCAAAUCAAAAUCAGUCCUCUGCUCUGUCCCCAAGUGGUUUUUGAGGAAUUUUUUUCUGUUGAUCAAGUCAUUUCAACAGAUCAUUCCCUUAGCAUUGGUAUUAAGAAAGGGAAUGAUACAGCUGCCACUUUAUGGAGAAGCAUACAGUGUAAAAUAUUUGUCUCUUGGCUGAAUCAUCUAAUUCUCCAACCCUGCAGAAAAUGGGGGGCCCUGAGUGGCUCAUUCGUCACAGCUGGAGGGAAGCUUGUGGUUAAUGGAUGCUGCUGCUUUCAUCUGAUGCAGAAGACCUGAAGCUGGAGGAUUGGGGGUUGGAAUUUGAAGAUAGAAGCCCAAGUGACCACAGAGCACAAGAGUCCAAAUUUCUUUAGGCUUUUUACAAAGAGGUUUAUUGCCAUACCCCCUUCAUGGAAUCAUUUCAAUAGACCUUAAGUAGUUAUCUUUGAACAAGCCACACAACAACAAGCCUCCCCAGCUUGAGCUUGGCAUGUCACAAGCUCUCUGGAUUUCAGAAGCAUUUUUCUGAGAUAUCCACUGCUCUGGUGGAAUCUGGGGGUAGGGUGAAGGGUCUGAACCAAGCUGU